AGGCCAAACAUUUAUUGGGCCUAAAACCCUUUGAUGGGCCAGGCAAAAGGGUAAAACAGAGCCGUCGCGCACUUCAACAUCCAAAAAUGGCGACGCUCAAAGAAAUCCUAACACGGCGGCCAGUGGCGGCGACGAUCCGGCUGACGGUGCCGGCGGGAGCCGCAAAGCCGGGGCCACCGGUGGGGCCUGCUCUCGGUCAGUACCGGCUGAAUCUGAUGGCAUUUUGCAAGGAUUUCAACGCUAGAACGCAGAAAUACAAGGCGGAAACCCCAAUGGCGGUGACGAUAACGGCCUUCACCGACAACACGUUCGAGUUCACGGUGAAGUCUCCGUCGGUGACGUGGUACCUGAAGAAGGCAGCGGGGAUCGAGAACGGGAGCGGGCGGCCGGGGCACGUGAACGCGUCGACGAUCACGGUGAAGCACGUGUACGAGAUCGCGAAGAUCAAGCAGAGCGAUCCUUACUGCCAGUAUAUGUCGCUCGAGUCCAUCUCGAAGUCGAUUAUUGGAACUGCCAAUUCCAUGGGGAUUAAGGUGCAGAAAGAGCUCGAUUGAUUUCAUGUUUCUGAUUGGCUUGUUAGGGUUAAUUUUUGUUGAACAAAUUAUCAACUGUUGAUGCUAUGAUUAUAAGAAUGAAUGCUUCGUGCUUGUUGUUUGUGAAUUUGGCCUAUUCUUGUACAAUUUGAUCCAUGUUUGAUACUACCUCUGUGAUGAAAUGCUUUUAACCAUCACAAGGAGAGAGAUUUAUUGUAUAUGUAUCAUUAUCCCAACUGAAAAACUGUGCUUGAAUAUGUCAAAUACUGAGUGGAAGAUUGAGUUA